CAGUUACCAGCAAAACUGGCUUCCCUGUGAGCCGCUAUGGAUUCAGAGAGCCGGAGCGAGUCGGCUCUGAACAGCCCAACGGAGCCGGAUGUAUCGCUCGCGGCCUCCCUUACGGACCCGCUGGAGGCCCAUACCUUGGAGGAGGCCAGGAGAACCAUCAGGGACCUCCGGAUGAAGUACCGCGCGCAAGCGCACCAGCUGCUAACAUGGCGGCGCGCGAACCGCACGCAAGAGGAACUGCUGACCCGCCUGCAGCGGGAAAAGGCGGAGCAGCUCAAGACCCUCUCCAGCCAACUCCUCCUCUUCGAGUCACGACUCGUCCGCAAGCAGAAGGAGAUCACCAACAUGCUAGCUCUCCGCGAAACAAUCAUCAUGAAGCAGCAAAAGGUCAUCGAAUCGCUCCAAUCCAAACUACUCGACAACGGCAUCGACACCUCCCAAACCAUACCAGACUUCAGGGACAUGCUGCAAGACACACACAUUACAGGAGAUUUCGAUUCUCUGAAUGAUUCGGACUCCGCUGUGAUUAUGGAGGAUGUUGACUCGGACUGCAGCAAUCUCCCUCACAUACCGCGUUUCAGAUCAGCUAAUCCUGACAGCGUGACGAUAGUCAGGUCAAUAUCUGACGCCAUAGACCCUAACUUGAAGUACAAUGUUGUGAGGCGGUCGAAUGGAUUCCUUCGACGUCCAGAAAUACUAGAAACUGUCUACAGCGUCGAGGAAGAGGUCGACGGUGAUUCCACCAAAGGUCUCAGCGCUCAAAACAGCACAGAAAAGGAGCUGAAAGACGCAAACAAAACUGACGAGGAGAAAUUCAAAGAGACCAGUCUUCUAGCUCAGAGGCGUGAUAAUUUUAGGAUGAGGAGCGUCGUGCUGACCGCUGAGGUGAAAAGCAUUGACAACGACAAGGAUCUCAAGCCCAAAGGCGGUAAGGAGGUGUGGUCGUACAGUUACGUGCCAAAAAGGAUGAUGCCUGCCAACGACUCUGAUGAGGAGGUGACUUCCAACCCCGAGAGCGACGAGGGCGACCCCGAGCCGAGACCCAACCACGUCGUGACCUACAACCGAGUGAUGUCCAACCACAGGAAUGUGACCAAACCUAAAGACGUUAAGUAUAAGAGGAUAAAUAAGGCGAAAUCUAAAAGCUUAGAAGAAUUGCGGGGUAGGUUAAAGAACUGGGUGGAGAAAGGCAGUAAAUUGUCGAGCAUACCGCUCGAGCAUGCUCAGAGUUACGCCUGAACGUCAGUCGAAGUUCCUUUUAAUUUAGUUCUCGCGUGAAAUGCCACGUUUAUGAGCCGCGAAGUAAUUUGGAAGAAUGUACAUUCCCAAAUUGGAUGUCGGCUCGUGUAAUGCGUUACAUCACAAGAAAUCACGCGUUAAAAAUCGUUGUUAUAACAUUAAAUUGAAAUAGGGUUGUACCUAACAGCUUUACGAGAAAGCAGAUCUUUAUUGAUACUCUAUUCUUGAUACUUGAGCUAUUGUAAAUAGUCUUUCUAAGCAUUGAUAAUGCGUAUUGCGAGGAAACUAGGGUAAGUUAUUAAUGACCUAUUGUCUUCACAGUUUUCUAUUGAUUUGCUUCUAGCGUUAUGAAUACAAAUAAUCGCGAACUAUUUCACAUUGUGAGAAUCGGUAUCAAUAGAUAGUUAUUUAUGUUUGAUGUUACCGUAUGAAUAACGAUUAAACAGUAGGUAUUAAAUGGAAGUGUGAAUUCAUGUAAAAUUUCAUUUCUAAUUUCUUCUUUUCUCUUUGAUAACGUGCCAAAUAGAUAUUUCUGGGACAUAAGUAUUUGCUCAGGGGAAACCUGUAAAAAGUAAUUGGUUUUCCAAAAACGUAUUCGAGUGGGAUUGUAUUGUAAUAAGUAUGACAUAUAUUUUUCAGGGAGACGAAAAAUGUGAAAGUUUACUCCUGUCUUAUAAAUCUGGUGUUGCCAGAGCUAAAAAUCGUUUCGUAGUAUUAAGUAACAUUGAAUCCAACGGACGCUUUAAAAAUUAGCUUCAUGAAUUGUUUCAAUUGAAAAAUUCGGUAGUGUAGAUGUAGUCACCACACGUAGUAUUGUUGAAAUUAUUAGGGUAUAUUCACAAUAUUAUGUCAUACACUCGUAGUAUUGUGGAUACACCUUUAAGCUUUCAAAAAGUUGAUUAUACUCUUGGCACCUUUCAAAAACCACAUGUAUGUUCACUAGUUGAAUUUUUGCAUUUUGAGAGUUAUUAAUAAGUAAAUGAAUACUAGUGGUAACUAUUAAUAAUUAUGCAUAGUCAAAUUAAUAGAAAACUGCGAAGUUGCUUUGAUUGUACUAAUUUUGCGCACGACUGAUUUUACGUAAUUUCAAUUAUUGUAUUAAAAAAAUAAAAAUAUCCGAAAAUUAGGUCGCUUUAACGUCGGAAUUGAAAAAAAAAGUGUUAUUCUGUGAUUUUCAAAAGAUAUUUUCGUUUUUUCGCAUUUCUAGGUAGGUUUGUAAAAAUACCAAUAAGUAAUAUAUAUUUUAAAAAUGUUCACAAAUAUAUGAUUGUCUAGUUAAAAGUAUAUUUAUUACAUUAAAAAGUAUCUCAGUGCCAAUUUAUUGAAGUAAUAUUUUUUCAAUUAAUAUAUUCUUGUAAGUAGAAUUUGUCUAAUUUUAUAAGACGUUGUUCUUGUUGUUAUAUUAUUAUGUUUACUGUGAAUAUAAUAUUAAAAAUAUCAAAAUUGUACCCAGUGAAUUUCUAAUUAUAUUUUUAAACAAAUGUCACUUUUCUAAAUUCUUAUUGACAUUGUUUUUUCGUAUCAAAGUAUUUUUGUAUAAUUAAUUUUGUAAGAAUCAUUUUU